GUACAGUGGAUCUUCUUGAUCCCUCAGUCUCAGAUCAUUGCCCCAUUCUGCUUGAUUCUGAUUGUUCAGUGAAAUCAUUGCCAAAAAUGUUCAAGUUUUUUAAAUUUUGGAUUCAGCACCCUCAGUUUAUGGACUUGGUAAAACAGGCUUGGGAUUCACAGGUAGCUGGGUCUCCUCUGGUUCGAGUGUGUCAGAAACUGAAGAUCUUAAAGGGAUUACUAAAGUGGCUUAAUAGAGAGGUGUUUUCUGACUUAUCUGCAAAGGUGAAGCUGAAAGCUUAUGAGUUACUUCUGGCCCAGGCAGAAGCUCUUAGUCAUCCAUCAACUAUUACAUUUGAGGCUGAGAAUAGGCUUUCUAAGGAAGCUAGGAAAUUGAGAGAAGCUGAGGGAGAUUCAAACACCCCUUAUUUUUUCAGGUCAGUAAAGCUCAGACAGAAGAGGAAUAUGAUUAGGUCUCUUAUUGACGAGGCUGGUCAUAGGUUUACUGAUUUGGAGGGUAUGACUAAGAUAGCUGAAGAUUUCUAUGUCAAACUAUUGGGUGAGGAGGAUAAAGAGGUGGUUGCUCCUGAGGUAGAUCAGAUUGGAAGCUUGUUGUUAAAGAAACUCAUUCCUGAUCAGGGAGUUGCCUUAUGCAAGCCAGUCACUGCAGAGGAGGUCAGGGUUACAAUGUUUGGUUUUAAUGGGGACAAAGCCCCAGGCCCUGAUGGGUAUCCAGCUUGUUUUUUCCAGGCUGCUUGGCACAUUGUUGGAGCAGAGGUAACAAGUGCAAUUUUAUACUGUUUUCAAGUGUCACAAAUCCCAGUAAGUGUGAACUCUACUCUUUUAGCCCUUAUACCAAAAGUUCAUAGCCCAGAAGAAAUGAAGUUCUUUAGACCAAUAGCUUGCUGCAACAUUCUUUAUAAGUGCAUUGCAAAAAUCCUUGCAACUAGACUAAGUGCUGUUAUGCCUUGUGUCAUUAGUGAAUCCCAAACUGCUUUUGUUAAAGGUCGUCUAAUUGGGGAAAAUAUUUUGUUGGCUCAUGAACUAGUCCAGAAGUAUGGUAGGAAAAACAUCUCCUCAAGGUCCUUAGUUAAAGUUGAUUUAAUGAAAGCUUUUGACUCUGUCAAUUGGGCUUUUCUGUUUAGAGUGCUUACAGCCAUGGGGUUCCCUAAUAAAUUUCUUAAUUGGUUGAGAAUGUGUGUUACUACACAAAAGUUCAGUAUUGGGUUUAAUGCUGGGUCAGUAGGUUUCUUCCCAGCAAAGAAAGGAUUGAGGCAGGGGGAUCCUCUUUCCCCUUACCUCUUUGUUGUGGCCAUGGAGGUCUUUUCAUGCUUGAUGCAUACGGCUGCUGCUCAAAAUGUUAUGCCCUUCCACCCUAUGUGAAAAAGAUUGCAGAUCGCCCAUUUAAUGUUUGCGGAUGAUCUCUUAUUAUUCUCUGAUGGAACAAAUUUUGGAAUUCAGUGUAUCCAAAAGGUUUUGACUGAGUUUAGAUACAUGUCUAGAUUGAAAUCAAAUCCAUCCAAAUGUGAACUGUACUGUGGUGGUAUAGAAGAUCAAUGGCAGGAGUUGAUGUCACAACAUUCAGGGUAUAAGCUGGGGUCACUCCCAGUUAGAUAUUUAGGACUCCCUUUGCUCUCUGGUAAACUUUCCAUCAAGGCUUGUAAGCCUCUAAUAGACAAAGUUAUGAGUAGAAUCAGUAGUUGGAAGUCAAAAACACUCUCUUAUGUUGGUAAACUUCAACUGGUGAUUUCUGUGCUGUAUAGCCUUGCUCAUUUCUGGAUGUCAAUUUUUAUUCUGCCUAAGGCUGUCAUUAAGGCUAUUGAGAAAAUGUGUAGUGAUUUCCUAUGGGGAGUAGGAGAGGGGGCCAGGAGGAAAGCUGUGGUGGCUUGGUCUCGUAUUACAUACCCUAAAAAUGAAGGGGGACUUGGACUUAAAGAUAUGUAUACAUGGAAUAUUGCUUGUGUGGUUAGACAUAUAUGGGCUGUUCUACUUAGACAAGGGUCAUUAUGGGUUGCCUGGUUAUGGGAAUAUCGAAUUAAAGGAGGCAAUUUCUGGACUCUUACUUCUAAAGCUGGGUCAUGGCUAUGGCAGAAAGUGUUGAAAAUAAGGGAUAAAAUCAGAGGGUGGUUAUCUGUUGCUGAUGAUGGGGUUUACUGGAAGGGUGAUCUGAUGAAAAAUUUUUGCAUAAGAAGGAUCUGGGAGGAGAUUCGACCAAAGAAGGAUAGAGUUGAUUGGGGGAAACUGGUAUGGAAAGGAACUUGCAUCCCAAAGAAUCAGUUUCUGGUUUGGCUAGUUAUACCUGACUGUAUAACUACUAGCGAGAAGGCUCAAAAGUGGGGGGGGGGGGGGGGUCCUGGUGAUUUUGGUUGUGUGUUCUGCUCAUGUAACUUGGAAACUAGGUCACAUCUUUUUGCUGCCUGGUCUAUGUUUAAGCAGAUGUAUAUGGCUCUGUUUUGCAAAUUUGCAUAUCGAAUUCCUGGUGAUCAGUGGGAGGGUGAACUCCAGUGGGCUUUAAAUGUUUUCAAAGGUUCCACUGUCCUAGCACAAACUGGUAAGUUGAUUUGGCAGGCUCUAAUUGCAACAAUUUGGAGAGAAAGAUGCUUGAUAAAGUUUGCAGGGAAGAGAACUGACUUCCAUGCUUUGAUUCAAAGGGUUCAAGGUGAUAUAAGGGUGGUUGCAGAUUCUGCAGCAGUGGGUUCUUUCUUUUGAUUAGAUGAGUUAGUACUUUUUCUGGUUUUGAUAGUGUACAGGGACUGUUUGUUCCUUUUGCUCAGCUGGUAGAGAUGUUGCCAGCAUUGUACUUGGCUAUUUGAUGAAAUGAAAUCCCAACCGCUUCAUAAAAAAAAAAAAAAAAGUAGGAGAUGGAAACUAUGCAAAUAAGUGAUUGCAAAUUUACUAUUUUGAAAUCCAAAACUGAAGGAAUUUAGAUUAUCUCAUUUCGCAGUAAAUUUAAAAGUCUUAUGGGAAAGUGAUACCUUAGCGUUGGAUGUUGUGGUCAAUAAACAACUAAUGCCAAACGUGGUCUAAAAAAUUCCCUUCACUAUGAAUUGCAAAAAAACAUCCUUCCCAGACCCAAUUUAUUACCAGCAAAUCAUAUUUGGUAAUAUGACUUGAAGGUCAUACCAAUAAACCACUAUUUAGUUUGAGUCUAAAUUAGACAUAUUGCAUUGGCUAAAAAAUUGAAUAUCUAUUCAAAUGUAAUUUUUGCAAUUUUGUUUUGCAUAACAAACAUAUAUGUGGAAACACCGAUAAUGAAGGUGUGAAUUGGUUUAAUGUGAAUAGCUAGAUGGUCAAUAUUUCUUUAUAGGUAUAAUUAUAUUGACUCAAAUAGAUUCAAAUUGUGGGUUCGACCCAAAUAAAUGUUUUUCUGCUCUAGCUCUCUAUCUCAUUCCAUAAUUAGUAAAUUAAAAGCUUGUUUUUUGUUAUGACCAGACGCCAAAGAUAUUGAAGCAGCUCUACCUCACAAGAUUUACAUUCGUAUCAGGAAUCAUAAUUUUUGGAGGGCUUAUUGCUCCAACUGUAAGUUCAUUCACAAAGACAUUUCCCCUUGCGAAUGUUACGAGUACUUUUAAAUAUGGUAGCAUGAUGAACCUAGAAUACCUGUGCAUGAGCCUUUUUGGGUUGCUCGAAUUCUAAGGGGCGGUAGUUUUGCUGUGGCAGGUGGAAUUAAAGCCAGGUUUAGGAGGAGCCUCUUACGAGGAUUUCAUUAGGAGCUUGCACUUGCCACUGCAGCUGAGGUAGUGUUUGAUCUUGGAAAAAAAAGCCACCGCACACUACGGGAAAAGUGGUUUUAUGCAACACUCGUCCUGCAACACUUAAUAGAAGUGUUACAUAAAAUAGACUUAGACAACACUUUGAUUAUAUGUCACAUAAUACAUAUUUUAUGCAACACAAAUUAGCAAAAUCAAAUUUUUUUUUUGCAUAUCUCUAGUAAUAUACAACACUUACCCAAUAAAAUUAGUUUUGUUGUCUAUUCUAACAUUUUAGGCAACACUUGAUAAAUAAAUGUUACGUAAUAUAAUGAUUUAUAGUUUUGAUUAUUAAUUAUAGUAAACAAAAAUAACUAGAAAUCUCGCUAUAGUUUUCUUAAUAAGCAACUCUCACAAUGGUUAAAGAACAAAAGAAAAAAGAACAUUCACUACUUAAUACUACUUCACAAUUAUUGAAAAAUUAAAAUUUUCAACUCCCUUUUCAAUAUUCGUAUUUUGUUUCAGGGACCUUUGUUAAAGUUAAUAAAAGAGAAGUUCAAUUAGUAAAAAUAAAAAAAAUGUGCACGAAGGUUAUUGUAACACCCAUGACCUAGUGUUUUAUAUUAAAAAAUUUCCCCUCAAAUAGUUGCAGCCAUCAAAACUUAAAUUAAUAACCUAAACUGAUGCUUUUCCUAGCCGAUCGUUUUACCUAUUGUCCUCUUCCUCCACUCCUUAUAAUUAACUUAACCUAAACCUAAAUCUAAUUGGUGCUCUAAAACACAACACCUAACAAAGGCCAAGUGUAACCAAUGAAAGGGACUGCAGUAUAGUGGCUCAAGUGAUAAAUAUCGAAUCCACGGGUCUCUAGAGUUACUAUUACUCAGCUUCAGUUUAUUAUUUAGCAAAUCAGAUUAAGAUGAAAGAACUAAAACUACUCUAGCAAACUACAGUUAAAGUUAAUCUAAUUACAGGUUGGGAACUCACUUAGGUAUGAUUCCCCCUAGCCACUAGCCAGAUUAAUGAUUGAUGAUCUCUAACCUGUUUCACUUUCAUUCACAAUGCGGAGAAUCCUUGACUAGACCUUGAGUCUCGACUAAAGGAACAAGGCCCUCUUGAGUCAAUUGCCUAGAGGGACGUAUCCUUCUCUAGAACAACUGAUCAAGGCGUUCUGAACUAGACUCCCUCUAUCGAAAGAGGUUCUCAAUCGAUACAAAGCAGUGAAUCAACCCUUGACUAAAGCAAUCGAUCCACUACUAUCAAUCUAUGGUGCUCUAUUGACCUAAUCAGGUAUUCCCUCUCAUAGGAUCAAAGCAGAAUCAAUAAUCUCGACUAAAGCAGAAUUGAAUCAUGAAAAAAUGCAUAGAUUGAAUAUGAACUCAAGAUUAUCAAGUCAGAGUACUCAUACAAUCAUCCAAUCAAACAAACAUAGCUAGGGUUCCUCAAAACCUAAGUGAAGGGAAAUUACUCCAUAGAGAAGAGAGAGACUGUAGUAAGAAUCUUCAGAUGAUCAGUCUUCAAGUCCGGGCUUGUUCCUCAAGCUUCCAAGGCGAAGAAAUCCUCCUUCUCUACUCCAAGAAUGCCCUCAAAUCACCCUCUCUCUCUUUGGUUCGUCCCUUGGGUGUUUGGGAUCCAAAAACCCAGCUCUCCUCUUCUCCUUUGGCUGAAAAUCGGGUUUUAAGCAGAAAAUCCCGACUCACACGGGCAGGGUGGCACGGCCGUGUGGCUUACCCAGUUGCCCGUGUGAGUCAAAACGCUGCGUUCCAAUUAGUUCGAAUUCCAGGCUCUUUGCACGGCCAGAGUGGCACGGCCGUGUGAACUUCCUUUUUGCCCGUGUUUGCUCACGCAGAAUUCCACACGGCCAGACUGGCCUCUUGCACGGCCGUGUGGAUGUCCUGCUCUGCCCGUGUUUGCUCUCGGCGAAACUCGCACGGCCAGACUACUCCUUCACACGGCGUGUGAUCAUCAGGGCAGCCCGUGUGACCUCCUUUGUGACUUGUCUCGCGCCCGAUCUUCGCCCAAUCGACUCCGAACUCGCUCCUAAACCUUCAUUCACUUGCCAGGACCUGAAAUAUCACAAACAAGCACAACCUAGCGUGAAAUCGGUCUAAAACACGAGAAACCACAUCUCCAACGGUGUAAGAACAGGGGUGAAAACAUGUGUAACUAACGGUCUAUCACUAAUCGUCGAGAAAAUCCUUUUCGUAGCAAGAGCAGCCUCGCUAACCCUCGCAUCUCGUCCCUCUCUCGAUCGUUAAUCCAUCCACGACUAACUAUUCUUUUCCUUCUCAUCAUUCCAUCCUUCCAACAAAACCAAACUUAUCGCUAGAGGAAGACAGGAAGAGCUUUGACGAGGGAGCGGUAGCCGACGCGAGCUGGAGUUAGUGGAAGCGAUGGAGUCCUAGAAAUAAACGCCCGUGAGUGGAUAGGUACCACUACAAACAACAAUGGACAAAGGGAGCAACCAGGGAGUUGUGGCCGACCUUAAAGGUAAUUAUGUACUGCGGCUACUGUGAAAUUUUGGUUCAAGAAUUUUGAUUUAAGCAUAAUCGUCUAAUAAUGCGUGAGUUGUUUGGGAAGAAACCUGGAGAAUCAAAUCAAUUAUGAAGGGGGAAUUGAGGGUUCAUCCUGAAGUUUUUCGUCCCCUCCUUAUGACAACACAAGACACUCAGUUUGCAUAGCUGUAGUCCUAACACAAUUGCGAGGAUUAGCGUUACAUAGGGGCUCACAGCAGAACCUAUUGAUAAAUAGAGUAAGCCUUUUGCCUUCGUACUAUAAUCUCCACAACCUUUUUUCAAUUGGAUUUGGAUUAUUUGGGUCCUUCAGUUUAAUCAAGUGAAAGUAUAACUGUUUUUUCAAUAGGCUGGACAACUUGUGUUGUUCAAAAUUGUGACGAAACAUAUUAGAUCAUAUGUCAAUAUAUAUGUGGAUCACAUCUCUUAUAUGCUGAUGUUAAGAUAAAAUUGGCUUCUUGUGAAACAAAACUGUGCAGUAGAGCAUCAUGUUGUUUCUUACUAGUGAAAGAAAGAACGUUGUGGCUA